GUAUCUAUUUUAAAGUGACUUGACAUUAUUUUGUGUUUUUAUUAUUACCAGUUAUGGCCCAACAACGGCUCAUUUGUCCCUGAGGUUUGGAUCCCAGUGAACGCACUGAAAAACAUGCCACCAGAGGAGCGAGUUAUCGGCCUGGUCAGCUACAUGGACCACCGCCACUUCCAGUUUGACAUGGAGAUCUGCUCCAUGGUUCUCAGGAUAGAGGAGUCAGGCGAGUCUCACCUCCAGAAUCUCAAGCCACCAAUCAAAAUGAUUUUCAGGGUUGUGAAACCAGAAACAAAUGAUUCCCAGUUACUGUGUCGCUACUUUGAUGAUGUCAAAGAUUUUGCCUGGAAACAAGACGGAUGUGAAACUGAGAUCAACCAAGAUCAGGUUACCUGCAAGUGCAGCCAUGCAACACCCUUUGCUGUCCUUCUGAUACGUAUGCCAAUAGAUGAAGCCCACUGGAAAUUACUGUCAUACAUCAGUUACAUAGGCUGUGGAAUUUCUCUUUUCUUCAGCGCUUCGUCUCUCGCCGUAUAUGUGUUCAACAGGAGCAACACAAUGGACACUUCCAUGUCCAUCCACGUGUCUCUGAGCGGCGCCUUGUUUCUCCUUAACUCUACCUUCCUGCUGACUGAGUGGGGGGCCACAGUGGAGCCGGACUGGGUCUGUGAGUUUAUAGCUGCGCUCAUGCAUUACUCACUGCUCUGCUGUUUCACCUGGAUGGCCAUCGAGGCCCUGCACCUCUACCUGCUGCUGAUAAAGGUGUUCAACACCUACUACAAAUGCUACCUGCUCAAACUGUCUCUUGUCGGAUGGGGGAUUCCUGCAAUAAUUGUGUCAAUAUCUUUGUGUGUGAAGAACGUUAAACAGUUUUACGGAGUUACAGAGUUGACCAUGUCAGACACCAAUCAAACCAAUAGCAUCUGCUGGAUCACAGAUGACACCUACUUCUACUCACUCAAUCUCGUGUAUUUCACCCUGAUAUUCAUCUUUAACUCUGGCAUUCUGAUGGCAGUGGCCUCAAGCAUCUGCAAGAUGAAGAAAAUGUUAAAGACUAACUCAAAACUUCAAGCCAGUGCUAGCAGAAAGUCAAAGGAAGUUCCACAGAGGUUUAGCACAUCCUGCCAGAGCGGCCUGACUCUGCUGGGCCUCACCUGCCUGAUGGGGACCACCUGGGGUCUGGCCUUCCUGGGUUCUGGUUAUGUCAACUACACAGUGCUCUAUCUUUUCUGCAUCCUCAACUCCCUACAAGGUUUCUUUAUUUUUGUGUGGAUCUGUCUCUCGGCCAAGAAGCAGCGGAGGAAAGAAAUGGAGCAGAAAGUGUCUUCGAUCACUGCGGUGUCUUCAGACACAAAAAUGGAUUAGAUCUCUUCUUUUAGGUCUGGAUGGAUCCCAGUAGAUCCUCUGACAGAAAUGAAUCUGCAUGGAUGGGGAAAAAAAACUGCAAAAAAAAAAAAAAACUGCAAAAAUGUCUUAAAAUUAAUUAUUUUUUAUCACAACUGGAUAAUUUUCUUUACACAGCCUUACAGUUAGGAGCACUUCUAUAAGUUUCUAUAAAAUAAAUGUUAGCAAUUUAAUACUUAAUGUUUUCUUGAGCUAUACAGAGGCCCAUUUCUUUCAGUCACUGCUCAUAAGUGGAGAAACACAGGAAACGCUUAAAACAAGAACUUGGGCACCAAAAGUUGCCCAUGUCUACAGUAGGAGAAAUAAUU